ACGUUUUUCCUCCUGCAGCAGCAUGGACAGGAGUGGUGCUGUUGGUGUGAGAUGUCUGUAGAGAUGGUGGAGCUCUCAGUGAAAGCAGCGGAGCCGGUCCGGAUGGCCGGGGUCCUCCAACAGAACCGCGUGUUCCUCGACUUCUUCUGGGACAUUGCUAAACCAGACCAGGAGGUCCGUCUGAAGGCGGUGGAAGACCUUACUGAGUACCUGAAAACCAACAACAAGGCAGAUGAGUUGGACUACACCUUUAAAAGGCUGGUGGACGGACUGGCUCACACACGAGAGAUUGCCAGACCUGGUUUCAGUCUGGCUCUGGGACAGGUCUUAACUGCCUUUGAAGACGUCUCCUUGCAGAGUAUUCUCAACAGAAUCAAAGAGAAGCACAAUCUGCAGAAAGUGAAGAAGAAACUUAUCAGAAACACUUUGUUUGGAAACAUGUUCGGUGUCCUCGCACUUCAACAGUCCGGCCGCCUCUCCAAAGAGCCUCAGGUGGUGUUAGGCUGUGUGCAGCUCCUCCAGAGCCUGAGCCAGCACAGGCAACACGUGAAGGACCUGCCCAGUAAGACCAUGACGGACAUCCUCAAUGAGAUCCCCGAGGAGGUGUUCGAGGAGGUCCUGUUCAGCGCCCUGCAAACCGACCUGGCGUCCGCCUUCAGGACUCCAGAGCAGCUGCAGUUGCUGCUGGUGGCUCUGCAGCGCUUCCCACAAACGCUCAAACCCAAGAAGCUGAAGAAGCUGCUGGGCUCCUCGACCAUCAUCAACGCCGACAACAUCCCAAAGUUGACAGAGGUGUUGAAGAUGGCCGCCCGCUCAGUGAAGAAGGAGUGUGUCCUCCCUGCGGUGGUCCUGGACCUCCUGAAGCUCUCUCUGAAGGAGGACAGCUUCCAGCUUUUCUGGAAUAACGCAAUCAUCAACGGCAUGUUGAAGGACCAGCCUGGACCGUCCCACUACCUGAGCUACCGUCUGCUGGGCGCCGCUCUUCCUCUCCUCUCUGAAGCCCAACUGAAGGAGGUUUUAUCUGGAGAGGUGAUGAUGCAGUACGGGGAUCACGUGGUCUCUGCUCAGAAACCAGACCGCUUUAAACUGGCCCCGGAGAUGGACGUCUACGUGUCAGACUUCCUGCAGGGCUGUCAAGACCCUGACAAGCAGCUGGCAGUGAUGGUGGGAUUCUCCUCGCUCACCAACCAGGGCUACCCCGUGGUGCCGUCGGUGUGGAGGGUGGUGCAGCACCUUCAGCCUGCAGCUCUGAAGCACUACGUGGACUGGCUGAAGGGCACGUUUCUCCAGCCUCAGCAGGACAAGCUGCUGGACUUCAGCACUCGCAAGCAGAAAGACAAUAAAGAAGGAGCGGAACAGAAGGAGAGCCCCAUAUUCCGCCUGAGGAAGUGGCUCGUCGCUCGGCUCGCCUCGAUCAUAGACAACCACCAAGUCAAGAGGCAGGAGGAUCUCAUCAUGGACAUAGCCCGGUUCGUCUUUUUCCACGCUUUCUUCAGUGCCAAGAAAGCCUCAGCGGAAAUCCCAGAGACGGAGGGGAAGCUUUCUGUCCCGCUGGAUGAUAAAACCAGGGUAGUGCUCGUCAGUUCUUUCUUUGGGCUCCUCCUAUCGAUGCAUCACUUACCUUUAAACGAGGACUCGUCUGAAGGCGCUGCUGUCAGCCAGAAGCGGGUGCUGGGCGUAACGGCAGAUGGCACCAUGUGGAUCUCUCACCUGGUCCAGUACGCACAAGUCCUGCUGAGCAAACCAAAACACGCCCAGUGCAGCAAGCCCUUCAGCCCCGAGCAGAAACAGGCCUGGGACAGCAUGCUGGAGUCUGUGUCAAGCCUGAAGAAGAAAGCAAAGAAAGGCCCGUCUGCAGAGAGCAGCGCGUUCCAGCAGCUCUUCCUGUUGGUUGGCAUGCACCUCUUCAAGGCCCCCGAUGAGCUGCUGGACAUCAUGAAGGACCUGCAGAGCUGCGUGGACAAAGCUCAGGAGAAGAAAGCCAAGAAGAAAAAGAAGAAGCAAGCCUCUGAACAGGAGGAGGAGCCGGAGUGGGUGGAGGUGAUGGUGGACAUCCUGUUGUCCCUGCUGUCCCAGCCGAGCCGACACAUCAGACAGGUCUGCAGAACGGUCUUCUCCUCCAUCUGCCCCCACGUCACUGCUGGAGCGCUCACCGCCAUCUUAGAUGUCCUGGACCCAGAGAAGGAUGAAGAGGACAGCGCAGUGGUCGUAACUGACGACAAAACCCAGAAGAAGAAAACGGAUGAAGACGAUGAUGAAGAUGAGGAGAUGGAGCAGGAUAAGUCUGACGGAUCAGAUGAGGACUCUGAAGAAGACGGGGAUGACGACGACGACGAUGACGACGAUGAUGAAGAUGAAGCAAUGGAGGACGAGGAGAUGGCACAGGGAGGCGUGGACCAAAAUUUCCGUUUGGAGCUGAUGAAGGUCCUGCAGCAGCAGAACGCUCUGGCAACGGAGGAGGACGGCAGCAGUGAUGAAGAUCUGGACGAUGAAGCCAUGAUGGAGCUGGAUAAGGGCUUAGCCGCUCUGUUCUCAGAGCAGAAGAAAAAGAACCAGGCCAAGAAGGAUGAAAAAACAAAACUACAGAAAGAGAAGACGCUGGUCAGAGAUUUCAAAAUCAAGGUGUUGGACCUGGUCGAGGUGUUUGUGGCCCGGCAGGCUGGCAGUCCUCUCGUUCUCGGUCUAGUGGAGCCUCUCCUCACCAUCAUCGACAGAGGAAUGAGCUCUGAAAGCCACCAGCAGGAGCAGGACUUCCUCCGCAGAGCUGCAGAUAUCUUCAGGAACCAGCUGUGUAGGUCCAAGGUUUACUGCAGGACCGUCGGUGACAGACAGGGGGAGCUCCAUGACCUGCUGGACAAACUGAUGACAAAAACCCAGAAACUGUCGGACUCCUCAGUCUGCCUUUACUACUUCAGUGCUUCUCUGUAUGUGGUGAAAGUGCUGAGAGGAGCUCCGCCUGCUGAGACCAAAGAAGACAAGGCUGAAGCAGCAGACUUGAAAUUCACAGGGAACUUGGACGUGGACCGGGUGUGUGCGGUCUUCAGAGAGGCUCUGAGCUCCUUCAUGAGCAAGAGGAAAAGUCCUCUGACCACUCAGAUGUUCACAGACCUGUUCAGCAGGUUUCCUGUUUUGUGUGUGAAGCUGUUGGAUGCAGCGGUGCAACACAUCACAUCUGCAGUCAGAGUGCACCAACAGGGCCAAGCAUGUGUGUUGGUGCUGCGAGCGAUGCAGAGCCGGGAGGUUCAGCAGCUGCUGAGCGGGGAUCCGUGGACAGAGCUGUGUGUGAAGGUCGCAGGUCAGCUAGCAGCGAGUCUCCAGCAGGUCGGUGAGACGGAGAGUAAGGUGGUGAAGGAGAAGGUGUUAAAGACUCUGGAGCUGUGUCAGUUCCUGGUCAAACACGUGAAUCAGCAGAAGGUUUCUGUGGACCUGGAGCCCCUUCGGAAGGUCCUGGAGUCUCUGACCAGCGUGAUAACUUUUAAGAAGACUGGCAAGCUGGAGGACACGUACUGGGCUGUGGUGAAACACUUUGGAGUCGUGAAACCGAAAGUUGAAAAGACAAAGCCUGACAAAGAGGCUGAUCCGAAGCAACUUCCCAAGAAGAAGAAAGGUUUUCUCCCUGAAUCGAAGAAGCGCAAAAGGCGAGACAAGCCGGUUUUAGAGCCGGCGGCGGCGGCGGCGGCAGGCAUCUCGACCUCCACAGAACAAAGAGGAGCAGACAAAGGACAAGCCAAAAAGAAACAUGACAAGAAAACUAAACAGAAACGAUCGGCGGACGGAGUGACAGCUUCUCAGCCAAGCCUCGCCAAGAAGAGCAAGACGCAGUCUGAGAGCACGGCGGGCAAGAAGAAGAAGAAACCCAAACAGAAGAAAGGUGGAGGAGGCAACUAGUAAAGUGGACACUGCUUUGUAAAUGUUAAUUUCCCUUUUGAACAGGCCGUGGUUUUCUUCUGUUCAUUGUUCACUUGGCUGCAAGUUCAGUCCGGACAAUUUGUCGGUUAUGUCUCAAUAUGACUUUAAUAUUUGCUUCAACCUUUAGAUGUGUGGUAAGUGAAUUAAGAUGAAUAUUUUUUCUAUUACACUGCUAUUGAUUACAGAAAAUUAACUGCAACAAUAAACUCAUUUCUCUUCCCAGAGCUAUACAUUCAGAA